AUGAUUCUCUUAGUUUAUGUUGAUGAUAUCAUUGUAGUUGGUUCUUCAGAUGAUCUUCUUCAAUCCUUCAUUACUUUUCUCAAAACUGAAUUUGCUAUGAAGGAUCUAGGCCCAUUACAUUAUUUCUUAGGUAUUGAGUCUACCUAUGAUUCAUCAGCUAAGAAGUUAUUGUUAAUACAAAAAAAAUAUUCUUUGGAUCUUCCGAAGAAACAUGAUAUGCUGGGAUGUAAGCCAUGCAAAACUCCAGUUGCUCAAGGUCAAAGGGCUUCAGUGUGUGAUAGAAAAGCCUUGUCUGAUAGCACUUCUUUUAGAAGUUUGGUGGGUGGUCUUCAAUACCUCACUCUCACUAGACCUGACAUUAGUUUUGCAGUUAACUAUGUCAGUCAGUUCUUACACUGUCCAACUGACACACAUCUUCAGCUAGCUAAGAGAAUUUUACGCUACAUCAAAGGGUCACUUGGUCAGGGACUUACACUGUCUUCUGGUGAUUUUUCUGACUUACAGGCCUACCGUGAUAGUGAUUGGGCUGGUUUCCCAGAUACUCAAGAUGAGUAUAGUGGUUUAGCAAAUGCCAAUGCCACUGCAAAAAUUUUAUGGCUCUCUUAUCCGUUUGAAGAAUUAUCAGUCUAUCUUUCCCUGCCCUGCAAAUUAUUUUGUGAUAAUCAGAGUGCUGGCAGUCUUACUGCUAAUCCAUUCUUUCAUGCUCGUACCAAACACAUUGAGAUAGCUGACAUAUUUACUAAAGAUCUCUCCAAGUCACAGUUCAGUGUUUUGAAGGCCAAAUUGAUGCCUCAUGUACGGACUUCAGUUUGA